AUGAUUGCAGUCUCUUCUCCAGGUGUUGCACGUGGAGCCCUCUGCACCUGCCGCCUGUCCUCACCCUCCCAUCGCGGCUCAGAUUCCCAGGAUGCCUUUGGGCAGCUGCCGACAGACGCGGUCCCCUUUUCCCCUCCUCUCUCGCCGCUUCAGGGUGAGGCCUCCGGACCCAGGGCACGCAGAGCUGUGGCGGGGGAGCGGGGGUUAAGCAUCGGGGGCAGCGGCGGUGAUGGCUGGGAUGCCUGCAGCCGAGGGACUGGACCUCUGACCCGGGCCAGGCUGGUCCACCUGCUGACCACAGACCACUGCUGUCUAUGGAGACGAGGGCUGGACUUGGUCUUGGCUCUAAGUAGCAUUGAGGCUCAGGGGGACAGACAUUUUUUCUAA